UCAGCAGCGGCCGCGGAGGAAACAACCGACAGCUUCUGGGAGGUGGGGAACUACAAGCGCACGGUGAAGCGGAUCGAUGACGGGCACCGGCUCUGCAAUGACCUCAUGAACUGUAUCCAUGAGCGGGCCAAGAUCGAGAAGUCCUACGCCCAGCAGCUCACCGACUGGUCCAAGCGGUGGAGGCAGCUCAUCGAGAAAGGGCCCCAGUACGGCAGCCUGGAGAAGGCGUGGGGGGCCAUCAUGACAGAGGCGGACAAGGUGAGCGAGCUGCACCAGGAGGUGAAGAACAGCCUAAAGCUGAACGAUGACUUUGAGAAGGUCAAGAACUGGCAGAAGGAUGCCUACCACAAACAGAUCAUGGGAGGCUUCAAGGAGGCCAAGGAGGCUGAGGACGGUUUCCGGAAAGCCCAGAAGCCCUGGGCCAAGAAGCUCAAGGAGCUGGAGACAGCCAAGAAAGCCUACCACAUGGCCUGCAAGGAGGAGAAGCUGGCGAUGACCCGCGAAGCCAACAGCAAGGCAGACCAGUCCAACACCACCGAGCAGCAGAAGAAGCUCCAGGACAAAGUGGAAAAGUGCAAGCAAGACGUGCAAAAGACUCAGGAGAAGUACGAGAAGGUGCUGGACGAGCUGAACAAGUGCACCCCGCAGUACAUCGAGAGCAUGGAGCAGGUCUUCGAGCAGUGCCAGCAGUUUGAGGAGAAGAGGCUCAACUUCCUCAAGGAAGUCCUCCUGGACAUCAAGAGGCACCUGAACCUGGCCGAGAGCAGCGGCUACGCCAACGUCUACCGGGAGCUGGAGCAGACCAUCCGCCUCUCGGACGCACAGGAGGAUCUGCGGUGGUUCCGCAGCACCAGCGGCCCCGGGAUGCCCAUGAACUGGCCCCAGUUCGAGGAGUGGAACCCAGACCUGACGCACAUGGUAACGCGGAAGGAGAAGCAGAAGAAGGGCGAGGGGGUGACUCUGACCAACGCCAGCAGCAUGGGCGAGACGGGGGCACUGGGAGGCGAGCGCGGGAGUGUGAGCAGCCACGACCGCGGGCAGACCUACAGCGCCGAGUGGUCCGAUGAUGAAGGCAGCAACUCCUUCAACACCAGUGAGGCCAACGGCGGCACCAACCCCUUCGACGAGGAGUCGGCGGGCAAGGGGGUGCGGGUGCGGGCGCUGUACGACUACGACGGGCAGGAGCAGGAUGAGCUCAGCUUCAAAGCAGGUGAUGAACUGACCAAACUCGGUGAAGAAGACGAGCAAGGAUGGUGCAAAGGGCGCUUGGACAACGGGCAGCUAGGUCUCUACCCCGCCAACUACGUGGAGGCAAUCUAAGUCUUGUGGUGUGCUCCUCAUCGCCGUCAGCAGAUAAAUCCACCUCCGUUGUCUCCAUCUCUCCACCAGCCAACCAGCCAUGUUGCCGUCUGGUCCUUCCACUCCUCACAGUUAGAGAUUCAGACAUAUUUUUCCGACCAAGCUUUUAUUUUUUUAAGAGUUGUCUCCGAAGAGUAUUUUGCAUAGUCGCUUUCUUCUUCUUCUUCUUCUGAGAUAAUGUGAAGCGAAAGAUGACAUUGUCCGUUCGUCUACGUUAGCUGAUUUUU